AUGGGACUGAGUCAGUGGCGUGUUCUUUUUGCGACUGUUGUCGCAGUUGUCGGCUCGUAUGAUCUCUCAGAUUGUCUUCAAGUUCAUGGCUCGCCGUGGAUUCCGCAUGAGGCCUAUUGCGACCCCGAGUUAGGUCAUGCUUAUAGCGAGCACUGCCGAGAACCGCUGGAUACGACAACAACCGUAAGCACGACGAGCACUUUACCAACUACUACGAGCACGUCUACAACGCCGCCGAAGGUGAUUACAACAACAACAACAAAUGAAAUUACAGAAAGACCCUCUACAAUACGACCACCUCCAGUGCCUUCCUCCUCUUCCGAGACACCUACUUCCACGAAUUCACCGAUUCCAUGGAAAAGUUCAACAAUCUCUCCGGAAGAAAACAAAAAUGAAUCAAUCCGCAACAGUAGCCGAUAUGGAAGUGGCAGCCGUAUUUACCACGGGGAAUUCAGCGGCGGCCGAUAUGCAGCUAACCGAUCUACUCGACACAUGCGGCGAGACGAUCGUUAUUUUCAAGCGCAGCAGCAGCAAAAUGCCAACAGUACUCUUCAGUAUCAGCGCUUGGUAAAUGAGGAAGAAAGAAAACGCCGGGAAAUGAGUCGCCAAAGGGAAGAACAAACGCGACAACAUGAAGAACAGCAGCGACUUCAACGGCGGUUGGAACAGAUUGAAAUGGAAGAGCGAAGGCAGCAGGAGCAUCAGCCGCCGCCCACAAACACUACUCAAUCUCAGACUUCCUCAGAACAACAAAAACCACGGCCUACGGUUACACCAAAGCAGUGCGCACCUCCUCGUCGUUUUAGUUGGUUAAACAAUCGCUCCAGAGACACAGACGACGAUGAAAGCGACAGCCGUGGCAAUUGGUCGACGGCUAGUUCUAACAACAGAAGCACUUCUAAAAGCAGCUCCUUUUUUCGAAUGUUUUCCUUUCGGAAAAAGAAAGCAUCUGAAGGACAAGGCGAUACUUUAGAUGGUUCUAUUGUUCGUGAUACAACAACGUUGUCUGAGGAUACCCCGCCGGAGCGACGACCAACUAUUCCAGAUGAUAGUCCACCGACAUACGCGUCAAUUAAUUUCGAUGUGCCUGCAAGUCGAGGUCAACAGGAACAAUUACGACUCUCAAUUACUACAGACGAGUCUGAUGUCGACGAAUAUGAAUCCCCAAAAUUGACUGGUGCUCAAGCGGCCGCGGAAAUGGACCAACAAUGGAAACGAUCGACCUUGUCUAUCUGUAGCGAAAAAAGCAGCAGUAGCAGUGAUGUUUCGUCGACUACAAUGGGCGAGUUGCUGCGGUUAAAUUUAAUCUCGUCUGAAGAAAGCGUCGACGAGCAACAAAAUGCAGAAUCCAUGCCGCUCUCACAAGAAGAAAACUGCGAUCAAAAGAAAGUCGUAAAGACAGAGGUGGAAGAAGAGGAUAAGCACGAAGUCAAGUACGAGUCUCCGGUAAAUACAUCUACGCCGAUCUCAGCUGUUCGCGCAAAUCCUCGAUUAACCUAUCUAAAACGCCGGGAAAUGCCAGUACCCCCAAGCCCACUCGCCUCUAACAGCUUCGAUGGUCGUCUAAAUACAAUCGUCGAAGAUUCUUCUGAUGAGGAGAAAGAUGCUAAAGACUCGCCAACAUUGACCAAGUUGCUGAACGAGACACGCGCAAAAUACCACGCGAUGAAAAAUUCCACGGUCAAGGGCGAGACAAAGCCGUAUGCCAGCCUUACUGCGGAUAGUCCAAUGACGCUCAAAUUUAAAACUGCAGCUGCGGAUAAACCAUUGGAGGCGACCGAUCAACAAAACCGGGUCUUAAUGCCACAAGUGGCCUCAGUUUCCGUCAGUCAAGAUAAGGACAACGUGGCGGAUAAGGAAAACAUGAAGCCAAUUCGACAAGAUUCGAAUUCAAACUACACCGACUGCAUGAUGCAUGUGACUCCAAGCGAUGAUGAGUUUUUUAGCUUUGACAGUAUUACCUCGCCCGCUGAAUUUUCAAAAAGUCUAAUGGCACCUUCGCGAUUUACGCCGCGCGAUCUCAAGGAGUACACUCCGACUGCCAUCCCAAAAAAAGAGACAGUGGAGGAAGAAAGUGAUGACAGUGACGUUGACGUAGUCAACGACGAUAAAAUGAAAGAAGAGCCACAAGAUGGAGACGAAUCGUCAAGCCAAGGCUCGUCGCACUUGGGCUCCGUAGAAACUCGCUCGACAGAAUCCAGUGGAGCGCCUUCGAACUUGUCCUUCAUCACGUCAACGGCGUCAGUAAAUACAGCGUCUACAACAUCGACCACAAGUACAAAGACUACGACCUCGUCGAAAAGUUCUACUUCGUCGAUCUCAACCUUGUACUCGGAUGACUCUUCAUCGUCUAAACCAAAACGCCGACGACCUUGUGUUUCACCGUUCCAACGAGAAGGUUCAAUUCGAAAAUCGCGACGCUCAACUGCCGGACAGCCUCCAAAGCGCUUUGGCUACACUCAUGCGGAUCAUUCUGCUAAAUAA